AUGUCCAUAGAAGAGAGGAAGAUAAGUAUGAUAAGCAAGAGCACUGCGCUAAAUCCAAAUGCAGAGGAAUUUGUUCCUUCAUCCCUUAGAUCUGUCAAUGAUUCCUCCAAGAGAUCAGAUGCAACUAUGGUUGUCUCAGGGCCAUCUAAAGAAUCCAGCACAGACAAGCCAGAGUCCAUUUUACGAAGUAACUCUGAUGAAGAAGCACAUCAGUACUGGCAGCAACAGCUCCCUGACGACAUUACCCCUGAUUUCAAUGUCCUGGGACAAGAUGAAAGUACUGGACCUGAAAGUCUAUCACUCACAGGCCUGUCCAUAAAUGAUGGCAUUGACACAUCAAUAUUUUCUCCAAACCAGACACUGAGCAUGCAGCACCGUGCUUCGCCUUUUAUCAGGGACAAACUGAGUACACGCCCAAAGAUUAACUUGUCUGGCCCAACUUAUAUGGAUGAACGGUCCCAAGCCACAAUUUUGAGUCCAACUGCAGGUUCCAUGAGUCCAAAUGCUGCUCCAUGGGUGAAGACUAUGAGGAAUGGGGGACAUUAUAACACAAGCAGAAGGGAUGCCAGUCACUACAAUGGAGAUUCUAGCAUUGGAGCUUCAUUGCACAACCUUACUGAUGUGUAUCAUGGAAGCAGGCGCAGCUUAAGCUCGACUAUGGAUAUCAUGAGUCAGCUGGAGAGUAAAGGUCAUGGACGACUCAGUCAGAACCUCAGGUCACUGUCAUUUGGAAAUUCAAGUCCUCCAUCACCAGCAUCAUUUCCCCAAAAUGGUCUUGGAAACUAUAGUAAUGAAUCUUUUGGUCUGCCAAACAGUCCAUAUAGAUCUCAUUCAGCUAUACUCGCAGAUGAUAUUGUUUCACCUUCAGCUGGACGUGAACAUAUAUCCCUCGAUGUUCCUAGAGGAAGGUACAAGAUGACUAGUUUGCCUGUUCCUGGUCUUGGUUCAAGCAGAGGUUCUCAGCUGUUGGGUGGCUCAUAUAAUGGAAAUCAUGACAUGAUCUCAACCAAUACCCUACAAAACAUGGCUGGAAUUCAGACAGGACCAGCUUGGCUUGAAAGUGAUGCUGCGGCAAGCGCUUAUUUGGAAUCAAAGGAUGAAGUUCAUGAUUUUGCAAGCUUGCGACAUGCAGUUCUUGAACAGCAGGAUAGACAGGCUUUUCUGAUGGGAAACAACCCUUUAACAAAGGAUCUAACAUUGAAGGAGCUAUACAGUAUACAAACCAGGUUGGUUCAGGAGAAGGCUAGAGAAACAACAUAUCGACAAAGAUUCCAAAUGCCAGAGUUGCAAGGCCUCAUCCAGGAGCAAAAUCCCCCAAUCGAUCUCUGUGGUCUUCAUGUCAGCGAGGCGAUACACGUCCUGAACUACGAGCUCAACAACCGAAGAAAGAUCGUGAGAUCCACUGGUCGCCGACUCCAGGCUAUGAUAAUAUCAAGCGCCCGCACCCCAGCAAGGCUGACUGCCACCGUCGAGCAGUACCUCAUGGAACAUGGCCUUCAGUACACCCAGGUGCAACCAGGCCUCUUCCGCGUCCUGCUCUAG